AUGGUAUCUGAUAAAUUAACGUUACUUCGACAGUUUUCUGAAGAGGAUGAGCUAUUUGGCGACAUUGAAGGUAUAGAUUACCACGACGGAGAAACACUCAAAAUCAACAAGUUUUCUUUCCCGCUGCUGGCACUGUCGCCGCUGUUUGCCAUAACGGGCCAAUCACCAAAUAUGAGGUCAAUAAAUGGGAAAAGAAUAACACGAGAGACAUUGAGCGAAUAUAGUGAAGAGAAUGAGACUGACCUUACAUCGGAAUUUUCAGAUCAGGAGUUUGAGUGGGACGGAUUCAAUAAGAACCAGAGUAUAUACCAACAAAUGAAUCAACGAUUAAUAGCCACAAAGGUUGCCAAGCAACGGGAGGCGGAACGAGAGCAAAGAGAAUUGAUGCAGAAACGACAUAAAGAUUAUGACCCGAAUCAAACGUUGCGGUUAAAAGAUUUCAACAAGUUGACCAAUGAAAACUUGACUCUUUUGGACCAGUUGGAUGAUGAGAAAACCGUGAAUUACGAAUAUGUCAGAGAUGACGUCGAGGAUUUUGCCCAAGGGUUUGAUAAAGAUUUUGAGACUAAAUUGCGAAUACAACCGUCAAUGCCCACACUUCGAAGUAAUGCGCCCACACUAAAGAAGUAUAAAUCUUAUGGAGAGUUCAAAUGUGACAAUCGAGUGAAACAGAAGUUGGAUAGAAUUCCGUCAUUCUAUAACAAGAAUCAGCUACUUAGCAAAUUCAAGGAAACCAAAUCUUAUCAUCCUCACCACAAGAAGAUGGGGACUGUAAGGUGUUUAAAUAACAAUAGCGAGGUGCCCGUUACAUAUCCGUCCAUUAGUAAUAUGAAACUAAACAAAGAAAAAAAUAGGUGGGAAGGAAAUGAUAUAGACUUGAUUCGAUUUGAAAAGCCGUCUUUGAUUACUCACAAAGAAAACAAAACUAAGAAACGACAAGGAAAUAUGGUCUACGACGAACAGAACCUACGAUGGAUUAACAUCGAAAGCGAACAUGAUGUGUUUGACGAUAUACCCGAUUUAGCUGUGAAACAGCUACAGUCACCAGUUAGGGGAUUGAGCCAGUUUACCCAACGCACCACUUCAACCACUGCAACAGCCACAGCCCCUAGCAAGAAUAACGAAACACAGCAUCUGGAUUUUGAAAUUAGUCGCAAACUCGUGGAUAAAUUCCAAAAAGAGCAAGCAAAGAUCGAGAAGAAAAUUAACCAUUGGUUCAUUGACACAACCAGCGAGUUUAAUACUGACCAUUACUGGGAGAUCCGUAAAAUGAUAAUUGAAGAGUAA